UGGUAAUUUACCAAUCACAGUCAUUCAAAUUGAAAGUGGCAUUCUUUAUGAGUUUAAAGAUGUACAUGUAUUCUGUAUUAUUCAAUAAACCUUGAGACAACAUUCAAGUGAAAUGAUAUGGGAAGUUGCUGCAAUUCUUCUAGGAUUUAUUUUUCUCAAAUAUAUUUGGGACCAUAGAAUAGGAAGGAGGAGAUGUAAAAUUGCAGGACCACGUGGGCUUCCUCUAAUAGGGAAUGCACUGGAAUUUAUGCAAAUAUUCCCAUUUGAUCAAUUUACAUUUUGGAGACAGAAAUAUGGAGACAUUUUUAAAAUUCAAUUAUUGAAUAAAGAUAUAGUGAUACUAAAUGGAGAUGCGGUCUAUGAUGCCUUAGUGGGUCAAUCUGAUGACUUUUCUGGGAGGCCUGAUAUACCACGAUUGCAGUUGUUUAACGAUUGUGAGGACAUCGCCACAAGAAAUCCCGAUAAUAAAUGGAAAGACUACAGAAAAAUAUGUCAUCAAGGAUUGAGACAGUUUGGAAAAGGGGUUGCACAUAUAGAAAAAAUAACAAUGCAUGAGAUAGAGGAUUGUAUAGCUAAAUUUGAGGCGCAGAAUGGCGCUUUUAAUCCCAACAUUGAUAUAUACAGAUCGGUUACAAAUAUCUUAAUGAUUAUGAUUCUGGGUGAAAAGUUGGACAGCUCAGACCCUUUGAUUGAUAAGCUGGCGCAAUGUCAGGAAACACUAGACCAAGCAUUUGGACCAAAAUAUCUCUCACUGGAUAUCAUUCCAUGGAUACGAUACAUCCCCGGUGUGAAAACUUUCUCAGGAUUCAAGGACUCAGUUGCAUCAGUCCACAAAGUGUUCAGUGAUAUCAUCAAAGAAAGGAAGAUGCAGUUGCUAGAUGGACAAGAUAAGGCUGAGGGAAUAUUAGACAUGCUGCUUGCUACACAGGAGGAGAGGAAGGGAACUGACAAAAACAUAUCAGACAAAACAAUGAAUGGUCUCAUUCAAGAUAUGGUUAUCCCAGGAAUCAACACAACUUCUGCUGCAUUGAAAAGCAUGUUAGCAUAUCUGGUUGUUCAUCCUGAAAUUCAGCAAACAAUUCAACAAGAGAUAGAUAGUGUUCUUGGCAACAGAUGUCCCUCUAUUAAAGACAGGUCAUCAAUGCCAUACACAGAUGCAUUCCUCUUAGAAUCCCUGAGAUACAUGUCCCACUUGCCUAUAGGUAUCCCUCAUGCAGCCAUAAGGGAUGUCACCAUAAAGGGACAUUUCAUCCCAAAGGGAACUCAGGUUUGGUUAUAUCUCUUCGGUCUACACCAUGAUGACAGAUUUUUCCCUGACCCCUGGAGCUUCACCCCACAGAGAUUCCUUGAUAAGGAUGGAGGCUUGAUUCCUCCAGACGAACGGAAACUACUUCUACCAUUUGGUGCUGGGCGGAGAGUUUGCCUCGGAGAACAACUUGCCCGGAUACGAAUGUUUCUUUUCAUAACAACAUUUCUUCAAAAAUAUACUUUCCUCCCUGAGACCCCUGAUAACCUGCCUGAUUGUGAUAUCAAGAACGGGACAAUGGGGGCGGUGAUGAACUUAAAGGAUUAUAAUAUACGGUUAGAGAGGCGAAAAUGAUUAUCUAGCUCAAUACCAAUGAAAACACUAUAUUGCCACUCAUACAUUUAACAUUAAAUACUGCAUGUUUUUCAUAUAUCACAGUCACACUGAAAUUUUUUGUACAUUAACAUCAAUGCAGCUAGGUACUACAAGUAAUACAUGUAUUUAAUUGACUCAUCAAUGAAUCAAUGUAUCAAUGAACUGAUCAUGUCAACAAAUUGCUAACUGACAGUAUUAUAUCUUAAGAAGGACUACAUGUACUAUAUAAUAUACAUUUGUGUAUUUUAGUUAAGUGGGAAAGAAAUAC